ACAGCAGCGCACGUAUUAUUUAUUUUGCAAAAAAGUGGCCGCCUCUCUCCUGUGAGUGCGGCGAUGGUGGCACGGCGGUGAUGGGCCCCGAGGUGUGAGAUGGUGGACUGGCGGCAGGCGAUUCGCACGCCGCCCGCGUACAGGGUCGGCAGCAGCACCCUGAGACUGCAGAUGCGCUUCGUGGCCGUUGUCGUGGCCGUCGGCGCCUUCCUUCUGCUGCUGCUGUACUUCGCGACCGCCAACCGCGGCCACCUGCGGCCGGCCGUCGUCCUCCCGCCGCCGUCGCCCUCCCCUCAGGAUGCGGUGGCGCCCAACCUUUCGUACCCCCUGACCAAGCCGCUGGUCGGCCGCGGCCAGGUCACCUACGUCAUCGGCAUGAUCGCCGACCUGGACACGGCGGCCGCCGAGCCCGACGGCCGCUCCUGGAAGUCGCUGUUUUGGCGCGGCCGCCUCACCUGGACGCCCUCCUCCAAGGGCGUCUCCGUCACCUGGGACGCCAGUCCCAUCGAGAUCAAGGGUCAGUUGGCCGCGGGCGGCCGAGGCAUGGAGUUGUCCGAGCUGGUGACCUUCACCGGCAGGUUGCUGACCGCCGACGACCGGACCGGGGUCAUCUACCAGCUGCUGGAGUACGGAGGUCAGAAGCCGCGGGUGGUGCCGUGGGUGUUGCUGGGCGACGGCGACGGCCACGCGGCCAAGGGCUUCAAGUCCGAGUGGGCCACGGUGGCCAACGGCCGCCUGUUGGUCGGCGGCCUCGGCAAGGAGUGGACCACGUCCAAGGGCGAGCUGGUCAACUACGACCCCAUGUGGGUCAAGCGGGUCGCGCCCGACGGCGGGGUUGAGCACCUUGACUGGAGCAAACACUACGAGAAAAUCAGACAGGCCUGCGGAAUCACUUUUCCAGGCUACUUAAUCCACGAGGCAGUGAAUUGGAGCGAACGCCACAAAAAAUGGUUCUUCCUUCCGAGGCGCGCGAGCAAGGAGCGGUACGACGAGGCGCGCGACGAGCGAAUGGGCACCAACCUUCUGAUCACCGCCGACGCCACCUUUCAGGAGGUCAAGGUCACCGAGGUGGGGCCCCUGGUGCCCAGUCACGGCUUCUCCUCGUUCAAGUUCCUCCCCGGCACUGACGACGAGGUCAUCGUGGCCCUCAAGUCCGAGGAGGACCAGGGCAAGUCCGCCACCUUCCUCACCGUCUUCACCGUCAAAGGCGAGGUGCUCUACCCUGAGACCAAGGUUGCCGACAACAAGUUCGAGGGCAUCGAGUUUAUUUGAACUUAUUUAUUUUUAAAUAAAAAGGAAAAAAACUUGUUGUGCUCAAAUGUGAGUUUGUGCGGAAGAGAGAUUUUCGGAUGUGUGUGGAUUGCACGUCAUUAAGCAUUUUAAUGUCAUUUUUCUGUUGCAUUCUUCGUCUGAAUUGUGAUAUUCAAACACGCUGCAAGUAUUUCGUACCAAAUAAAAAAAAGAGCGCUAGUGUUUUAUUUAACAAUCAAAUGUUUACCAAGUUUUAUUGCAACUAUAAUAUAAUGAGAAGAACAAAUAA